UGUCCGAAUACGGGUGGAGGGAAAAUAAUGCUUGCUAGCCGCAGUUGUGGUUCCACUGUGUGUACUGUUUGUGUUUAUUAAAGCCAGGCGCCGGCGCUGGAGCGGGCCUUUACCCGGCCGGACCGCGGCUCAGCUCGGGAACCACAGACUGACCUUCAGCACCGGUGUGAAAAGCAGUGUGUGUUUCGAUAUGUCGAGUUUUAAAGAAGUGGACACGCGAUAGCCUUCAUAUGAGCUUCAAAAGAAGAGACCGGACUAAAGACUGCUAGAGGGAGGAAAAGGUGCCGCGUGUGAAAGAUGUUCAGCGCGACGCAGACGUCCAAGUCUCAGUUCCUGGAUAAAGCGCGUCUGGCGCGGGAGGAGAGGAAGGGGCAGAAGGAGAGAGAGAGAGCGGCCACACAGAUCCAGGCACUGGUGCGCAGGUUCAUCUGUCGCUGCAGACUGCAGAGAGACAUCAGGAAAGAGGUGGACGAGUUCUUCACAGCCGGAGAAACAGGAACCGCUAAGAGGAACGCGCUGUCCAUCUUCAAAAUCGCCAGGAAAUUAUUAUUCAUAUUCAACAAAGAUGAUAAAGUGAGGUUUGAGAAACUCUGCAGGAUGAUUCUGAGCAGCAUGGAGGCUGAAAACGAGUCUAAAGUCUGGUAUGUUUCUCUGGCGCUUUCUAAAGAUCUGACCAUCCCCUGGCUCAAACAGGUCAAAGACGUGCUCUGGCUCUCCUGCGAGUUCCUCAAAAAACUCAAGCCGGACAUCUUGCAGGAUAAUAAAUUAGUGACUCUGUAUCUGACGAUGCUCAUCACCUUCACCGACACGUCCACGUGGAAAAUAGUGCGAGGGAAAGGUGAGGGGCUGAAGCCUGCCUUAAACAGGAUCUGUGAGAACAUCAUGGGUCACCUCAAUCAGAAGGGCUUCUACUCCGUUCUGCAGAUUUUAUUAACCAAUGGCCUGGCGAGGUCCAGACCCUCUCUCUCUAAAGGCACGCUCACGGCCAUCUUCACCCUGUCACUCAGACCCGUCAUAGCAGCACAUUUCUCUGAUAACCUGCUGAGAUCUUUCCUCCUCCACAUCAUGUCCGUCCCUGCCGUCAUCUCCCAUCUCAACACGCUCACUCCAGACUGCAUGGUCACUAUCCAGACUCAUGAUCUGAUGAGGAAGUUUAUCUUGUUCCUGAGUCGAGAAGAGCAGUGUUUAGACAUCUGUGUCUGUCUGGAGGGAAGUCAUACACUCUGCUUACUGGGUAACCUGAUACAGCUGGGUUACCUGAAUGUAAAGGUGCUGGAGCAGGAGGCCGGUCACUUUGUGAGAGAUCUGACAGACAUGUUGUCCUACUGCCAGAGAUACGUCUCUCAGAAAAAGUCCAACCUCACACACUGGCACCCGGUGCUGGGCUGGUUCUCCCAGACUGUCGACUACGGGCUGAAUGAGUCGAUGCCGCUGGUGACGAGGCAGCUGCAGUGUCUUUGGGGUGUUCCUGUGAUCUGCACACUCUUCUGUGACGUCCUCAGCAAAAAACUGGAGGUGCAAGAGCCCGCCCCUCCUCCUCCUCAGCCAACCACAGCUCAGAACAACCUGCCUGUCAAAAAUCUGUUUAAGCGAGCUUUUCAGAAGUCUGCGUCGGUCCGGAACAUUCUGAAGCCGGUCGGGGGGAAGAGGGUGGACUCGGCCGAGGUGCAGAAAGUGUGCGGUGUGUGUGUGCUGUAUCAGACGGCCCUCACCACACUCACACAGAUCCGCCUGCAGAUCCUCACAGGUCUGACAUAUCUGGACGAUCUGCUGCCGAAGCUGUGGGCGUUCAUCUGUGAGCUCGGACCUCAGGGAGGACUCAAACUGUUUCUCGAGUGUCUCAACAACGACACAGAUGAGUCCAAACAGCUGCUCGCCAUGCUCAUGCUCUUCUGUGACUGCUCACGACACCUGAUCACGAUCUUGGAUGAUAUUGAGGUUUAUGAGGAGCAGAUUUCCUUUAAGAUGGAGGAGCUCAUCACCAUCUCUUCCUUCCUAAACACCUUUGUGUAUAAAAUGAUCUGGGACGGCAUUCUAGAGAAUGCGAAAGGGGAGAAGCUGGACCUGUUCCACAGUGUGCACGGCUGGCUGAUGGUGCUGUAUGAGAGAGACUGUCGCAGGAGAUUCACACCUGAUGAACACUGGCUGCGCAAGGAUCUGAAACCUAGUCUGCUGUUCCAAGAGCUGGACAAGGGCAAGAAGAGAGCUCAGCUGCUGCUGCAGUACAUCCCUCACGUCAUUCCACACAAAAACAGGGUUCUGUUGUUUCGGAACAUCGUGACGAAAGAAAAGGAGACCCUGGGAUUGGUCGAGACAAGCUCCGCCUCCCCACACGUGACACACAUAACUAUUCGACGCUCUCGCAUGCUUGAGGAUGGUUAUGACCAGUUGCGUAGGCUGCCUGUGAACUCCAUUAAAGGUGUGAUCCGUGUGAAGUUUGUGAAUGACCUGGGGGUGGACGAGGCUGGGAUCGAUCAGGACGGAGUGUUUAAAGAGUUUUUGGAAGAGAUCAUUAAGAAGGUCUUCAACCCUGCGCUCAACCUGUUCAAGACGACCAGUGGGAACGAGCGCCUGUACCCCUCACCCACGUCCAGCCUCCAUGAGAACCACCUGCAGCUCUUUGAGUUUGUGGGUAAGAUGCUGGGUAAGGCCCUGUACGAGGGCAUCGUGGUGGACGUCCCCUUCGCCUCGUUCUUCCUCAGUCAGGUGCUCGGACACCAUCACAGCUCCUUCUACAGCUCCAUCGACGAGCUGCCUUCACUCGACUCCGAGUUCUACAAGAACCUCACCUCCAUUAAGCGUUACGAUGGUGAUGUCAGUGAUCUGGGUUUGACUUUAUCCUAUGAUGAGGAUGUGAUGGGGCAGUUAGUGUGUCAUGAGUUGAUUCCGGGAGGAAAGACCAUUUCUGUUACUAACGAAAACAAGAUCAGCUACAUCCACCUGAUGGCACAUUUCCGGAUGCACACACAGAUAAAGGAGCAGACCGGAGCGUUUAUCCGUGGUUUCCGCAGCAUCAUUAACCCUGAGUGGCUGCACAUGUUCUCCACUCCUGAGGUGCAGCGGCUCAUCUCAGGGGACAAUGCGGAGAUCGACCUGGACGACCUCAAAAAGCACACUGUGUACUACGGUGGCUUCCACAGCAGCCACAGGGUCAUCAUCUGGCUGUGGGACAUCCUGUCCAGUGACUUCACUCCUGAAGAGAGGGCUAUGUUCCUCAAGUUUGUCACCAGCUGUUCCAGACCUCCUCUGUUGGGUUUCGCCUAUCUCAAACCUCCCUUCUCCAUCCGCUGUGUGGAAGUGUCCGAUGACCAGGACACGGGGGACACUCUGGGCAGCGUGCUCCGUGGUUUCUUCACAAUACGUAAGAAAGAGCCGGGAGGACGUCUGCCCACCUCCUCCACCUGCUUCAACCUGCUCAAGCUGCCCAACUACAGCAAGAAGAGCAUCCUCAGAGACAAACUCCGCUACGCCAUCAGCAUGAACACGGGCUUCGAGCUCUCUUAACACACACCUAAACAUACGCUGACUCUCCUACACAGAUUACUCCGAAAUCAGCAAUGAUCAAAAAAAGGCAGAGAAGAAGAAAAUAUUAAACUGGGCACAGGAAGUUGUUAAAAUGGUGUUGAUUACACACACACACACAUACACACACACGAUGGAAAAGGUGAGAGCUCUGUCCUUCUCAGCAUCUGAAGCCAAAGGAUCUCUCCAGGCCUUGUUCACCUCAGCCUGCAGUGUGAACCUGGAUCAGAACUCCCUCAGCAGAUCUUAUUCCUGCUUUCACUUCAGCUUCAGCUCGAAGACUUCACCCUUUACCUGGAAGAUCUCUCACUGUUUUUGAAGAACACAGAUCCACUGAUGGAUGUCGCUAUAACUCCAGGGUUUGGAGUCUUCUCAUGAGGUUUGGGACAGAACCCCUCCCAACAGUCCGAGUGUAACACCCAGACGCAGACGUGGACUCGCCUCUCACUCAGUUUCUGCAAUGGAAAGCAAUACGGAUGCAACACAAAGCCAUGAAAUACACCACAUGAAGCUUGCUGAAGAUUUACUGAGACGUUUGUGUAGAAUAAUUUACACAGCUCUUUGGAUCACUGCUGUUGGUUCAUAUUGUGGCACCAUGUGAAAGAUCUAGAAUAACAAAUUUCCAUGUAUUUUUUGGUUUCCUUUUACACUACAGGAGGAGAGAGGAGUGGAUUGAAGUGACUUUUUGCACAUGAUUUAAAUUGGAGCAGGCUGCCUGGAGUCUCGGUGGAAGUUAGUCGGACUAAUUUACUCUGGUUCUUAGUUUAACGGAUUUUAUUGUUCUGAAAGUUAGCGAACAGAAACGCUCUGAUAUGUUGUGUAAAUAUACAGAGAGCUGAGAAUUCUAAUGAAGAAUGAAUAUCUGUAGUGGCGUGCUGCACAAUCCACCAGCAGCACUAAACAUAACACAAAUAUUACAACUGUAUUGUAUUUUAUCUUAUUUUUUCCUCUCACUGUUUCUUCACAUUAUGGUGUGUUUGUCUCUUUCCUUUCAGCUGCUUACACGUUGUGUUUAGUUCUUUUAACGUUUUUUUUAAACUCAUAUUUAUUUGUCCCUGUGCUUUUUAUACUUUGAAAACUGAUAAGUUUUCAAGUCAGUGCGCGCACGCACACACACACACACUGCUCUGUCCAUUGUUUGAGUGUUACACUGGAAACAAGCCAUAUGAAGGAGGUGAGUGAAUGGAGACUGGACUCUGAAGUUCUCCUCUUGCAUGAUGUCAUUGGAUGCUUCAAAACUGUGCUCCUGCUUGUAAAUUCACAAAUGAGGGCAUUAUCUUUUUUCUUUUCUGUUAAGAUAAAAGUAUCUAAACUAUGUAUGAGAUGUAAACAGGGCUCCGGGUGUUGGUGCAUGAGCUGGGGAAAGAGCUGAUGAUGUUUUGUUUAAGGCUGAAGAUGAAGAGCAAUAGCUUUUUUCUCAGAAACCUUUAGUGUCACAGUGUAAUGUUUUGGUGUGUGUGUGUGUGUGAGAGAGAGAGAGAUACUAAAUUAGAAUCUUGUAUAUCAGCCUCACCUGCAUCGCUUUUCAUCUUCCUCUCAUCUCCUGCAUGUCGUCCCCAUUCUGCUCUUUAUUCAGCAGUGUUGGUGUGUGUCAUUCAGAUCAUGGUGCUGAGAUGUGACCGAUCUGCACACACUGCAGGAUGGGGUUUAAUGUGGUGUGUUGUCCGUGUCCAGGUCUGAUCAUCACUGCUGCUUGUCUUACUGGUGUGUUCUGUCCGACUUUGAGAAGCAGAUGUCCGGUGUGGAUCAGCUCCCAGCUUCCUGCUUGGAUGUUGCUGCUGAUCCUAAUGAAUUGAUCACAAGGGCUUUGGACUGCAUAUAUAUAUCCAGAUGGAUUGGUGUGUUCCUGCUGAUCAUAUGCUCAUUGUGUGUGUGUGUGUGUGUGUGUCUAUGCUCUUCAGGUUGUAGGACUGACUUUUUAAUGCAAAGCAAACUAAAGACUUUAAAAACUACAGACUAACAGCAGACUGAUCUUGACUGAUGAUCUUCAGAAUUUAAUGAUGUCAUGAAAUCUUUCUUUUUUCUCUCUCAAGAGGUUUAAAUCUUCAUCAUUCCUGUUUCUGUGCUUCAGGAGGUUUUUGGACUUGGUUGCACUACAGAAACAGCAGGUUGCUAUAGAAAUAAAAAAUAAACAUUGUAAAGGUCUGUAUUAUCACACGUG